AUGAGACACCAGUCAUUCUUCAAGGCGCUACUCUGCAUCUUUUGUUCAUAUUCUGUGCAAUCUUUUGUCCCAACAACACAGUCAAGUCAAUGUUUUUCAUCGCCGACGGCAUCCGAGAAUAAGAUCAUAGUGGCCCUUCAUGGGUGGUUUGAUAACUUUUGGCAGACACCGGAAACGUCUUCAUCUUCGCGGCAGAUUGAAUAUCCAGAGCAGUAUCCAGCAACCUACGAGCCAAACACUGCCAGCGUUGAAGGAGAUGCUGGUGACGAAAACAAGGAAUUCCUUCGACAACUGCUCAAGAAUACCCAACUGGAGUCUAGACCCGUGGUUUUGGCAUACGAUGCCAACAAGAAUGGUUGGACGGCUCAAGCAUUUCAUCGCGCCGUCGAUGGCAAAGGAGCUUCAAUCGUACUAGCAACAACAUCGGAUGGUCGGAGCAUUGGUGGAUAUAACCCCAAAGGUUGGGCUUCCUUGGGUGGUGCUCGGCCGUCUGUGGCAUCCUUUCUCUUUUAUACAAAGUCGUCUGAUAAACAGCAACAACAAUCCUGGCAAAAACUCCAAAAGGUAGGUGGUGGUGGAUUGGCCUGUGCCAAGGAUGAUCCAGAUUGUGGAGUUUGGUUCGGUCCCGACGCUCUGGUCAUUCCACUUUUGGACGAUGGAAGCAAUCGAAUAGCGCAGAGCAAACUGGGGCCAUAUUUUGAACGUGGACCGGGUAACUUGCCUAGUUUAUUCUCAGGUGGAAGCACCGAACUAAAAGACCUGAAGAUCUAUGUUGGGGUAUAUGACUCAACAGAAGAGAUACCAUAUUCAGGGGGUGUGUUGGAUAUGACUUCUGGAUAG